UGCAUCUCGUUCGUGCGAAAUAACUGAAGGAGUUCCGUCGGAAGAGCGAUCUUAACCUGCCAAGCACGCGAGAAGGCCACCGGAGAGAUGGCAAAGGCGAGUGCCACGCCGAAGGUAGCUCGCCGGCGAGCCAGCGCCGUGAGGCCCCUGCCGAGCGGGCCCCAUCGCUUCCUCCGCCUGGUCGCCACCAUCCGAAAAAUCAACCGUCGCCGCCGCCGCCGCAGGGGCCUUACCGCAGUCUCCCCGUCCUCGCCGCCACCGGUCCCGGUCUCCAAGAGGCGGCAAUGCGCGACCCGCCUCCAGCCCCGUCUCCGCCGCCGCCCCGCGAGGCCGAGACGCCGCAGGAGCCGAAGCGCCCGGAGGAGGAGGAGGCGCAUGCCGCUGAUGCCGCCGCGGUGGCCGUUGCGGGCAAGUACUGGGCCCACCGGCACAGCCUCUUCUCCCUGUACGACCGCGGCGUGCGGAUGGACGCCGAGGGCUGGUACUCCGCCACCCCGGAGGCCAUCGCCGCCGCGCAGGCCGCCCGCGCCGCGCCCGCCGGCCUCGUCCUCGACGCCUUCGCCGGGGUCGGCGGCAACUCCAUCCAGUUCGCCGCCAGGGGCUGCUACGUGGUGGCGGUGGAGAUCGAUCCCCGGAAGGUGGAGCUGGCGAGGCACAAUGCCAGGAUCUAUGGCGUGGAAGACAUGAUCGAGUUCGUCGUCGGCGAUUUCUUCCUGCUCGCGCCUUACCUGAAGGCAGAUUUGGUGUUCCUUUCACCACCAUGGGGAGGGCCAUCAUAUAAUCAAACACCAGUGUACACCCUCGAUAUGCUGAAGCCAAAGGACGGGCAUGCAGUAUUUCAAGCUGCUCAGAAAAUAGCUCCUAAUAUCAUCAUGUUCUUGCCACGGAAUGUGGACAUAAGCCAAGUAGAGGAACUUUCGUGGUUGUCUUCUCCUCCCCUAGAUUUUGAGAGUGAAGAGAGCUACGUACAGCACAGAUUCAAAGGAAUUACCGCUUACUUUGGAGAUGUGGCACGAUGAUCCAGUUCAAUAUCGAAGUUGAGGGCAAGGACCCAGUGAGGCGAAGUUCUUCCUAAGCUACUUAUGUUUUUUUCCUCCCAAGUCCUAAGUUGGUACAGAAAGAAUUAGUCUUGCAGAUGUGACACCCAUGUACAUAUGAACUGAAUUUUGACCAUUUCAAUUAAUAUAUGAGUUGGUCAUAGCCAAGAGAUCAUCAUUCUAA